AUGUCGGACUCUGCCAUUCUCUCUAAUCUCAAUUCCACUAUCGUUCCUAACUUACUGCAAGCUAAUACUAGUGAAUACGAUGUUGAUAACGCUACGAGCAUUCUCACCACACUUUCAUCAACAACAAUUUCAUCAUCAACACCCUCACCAUCACCUGUAACCACUUCACUAACAAAUAUUUUAAGCUCAACUCUUAAAAGUGACCUUGCUUCACCCGUAGACUCUAAAUCUACAUCAACCUCGGGAUUACUUCUAUUUUCUCUAAUAAUAUUUAUUGUUGCCACUGCACUUAUCGGAAAGAUCAUCGCCAGUAAACGCAAAAAAAGAUCUGAUCUUAUUGGAGGGAGUGCACGUUGGAGGCUCGCCGCUUCCCAACAGUCUGGCUCUGGUCCUUCUCGAACUGCUGCUAACUACGCUCCAAUGGAUACAAGAAGACCUGGUGCACCAGGAGGUCUUGAUGCUCCUGGUCCUGACAGAAAUUUGGAUUGGGAACGUCAAUUCUUUGACGAUUCUGAGCCUGUUAUCAAUGUUGUACUUUGA